UUCAGGGGUAAACGAGAGUCAAGAAGAUGGCUGACACAGAGCAAACAAGUGCCCCUCCCCCUCAAUUAGGGCCAGUGGUGAGUAAUCAUGCACUUCUACUUCAUCAAGAUCAUAGAUUGUACUUGUUAGGCAGGAUGUAUACUCCAUAGUGGAGAAGCUCUGUGACUUCACCACACAUUUCACUGCAUAACGUAGGUUGUAACUUUACGCACUCUCCAGUGAUGUUACCUGUCUCCUGAGUGGCGCAGUGGUCUAAGGCACUGCAUCACAGUGCUAACUGUGCCACUAGAGAUCCUGGGUCGAAUCCAGGCUCUGUCGCAGCCGGCCGUGACCGGGAGACUCAUGGGCGGCGCACAAUUGGCCCAGUGUCGUCCAGGGUAGGGGAGGGAAUGGCCGGCAGGGAUGUAGCUCAGUUGAUAGAGCAUGGCGUUUGCAACACCAGGGUUGUGGGUUCGAUUCCCACGGGGAGCCAGUAUAAAAAAAAAUAUGUAUUCACUAACUGUAAGUCGCUCUGGAUAAGAGCGUCUGCUAAAUGACUAAAAUGUAAAUGUAAAUGUUACAAUGAACGUUUGGAGUAUAAACCCAGCGUAAAGCCUAUUUUUUUACAUUGUGCAAGUACUCAACACAAGGACACUUAUCUACACUAAUCGGCUGUCCUGCGAAGUUGCAUUACAAAAACAUGCAAAAGUGUGGAGCCCCAAAUUUGUAGUGCAAUGCAAGUAGGCAGGGAAAACAUUUUUGUGUAGGUAAUUGCAUCCUUGCAGUAAGGUAGACAUUAGUUUUUUUUGGUGUCACAUUUUGGCGUAUUGCAGAUCAUUUGGAUAGUGCUCAAUGAUACAAUAUAGGCCUGUGGAUGUUGACUCUAAAAUAUAUUUUGUCAAGUUUUUCUAACCUCAUGAACUUGAAUGUACUAAUUUCUUUUUUCUUCACAGCAAUUCAUGUUGGCGAACAAACUAGAGACAGCAAUGUGGCUCUCACGGCUCUUCACCAUCUAUUGCUCAAUAAUGUUCAUUCUACCACUCUUAGGGUAAGGGUCAAUGCUCAGAUUUUUCACUUUGUCUAUAUCAGGGCUCUCCAACCCUGUUCCUGGAGAGCUACAGUCCUGCAGGUGUUCAGUCCAAACCCAGUUGUAACGAGCCCCGUGUAGCUCAGUCGGUAGAGCAUAGCGCUUGCAACGCCAGGGUUGUGGGUUCGAUUCCCACAGGGGGGCCAGUAUGAAAAUGUAUGCACUCACUAACUGUAAGUCACUCUGGAUAAGAGCGUCUGCUAAAUGACUAAAAUGUAAUGAACCCUGACUCAGCUUAUCAACCAGCUAAUUAUGAGAUUCAGGUGAGCUAGAUUAGGGUUGAAGCGAAAACCUACAGGAUGGUAGCUCUCCAGGACCAGGGUUGGAGAGCCCUGAUCUACAUUAGCUAUUUACGAAAGCAAUAUGCUAAUAUGCUACUGCAGUUUGGGUUUUACAUUAUUGUUAAUGUUUACUCAGUUCCAGCACCAGGGAUAAUAUUUUUCUGGAUGUGCAUAUAGCAACAAUACCUGACACAGACAACCAAUGCAGAACUGCGAAAUUAACAAUAUUUUAGUGAUGGCAUUAUCAAAUUAAUGUCUUGAAUGUUCACCUGAUGCCACCACAUAUUCACUUUCAUAGCAUAUUGUGGUCCAAAUUGUUACACCAUUUCGAUAUACUCCAAAAUGUAAUUAACCAGUCUGAGUUCCCCUCAGAGUAAUGCAUUUAUUUACAUUUUCCAGACCCCAGGCGGCUGCCAAUUUCUACCAGCGUGCGCUGCUGGCCAACGCCCUCACCAGUGCACUGCGACUACACCAGCGGCUCCCCCACUUCCAGCUCAGCAGAGCCUUCCUAGCCCAGGCACUCCAAGAGGACAGCUGUCACUACCUGCUGUACUCCCUCAUCCUGGUCAACUCUAACCCCAUCACAAGUAUCCUCUCAACCAUACAUAAAGGCUAUCACCAUAGCCUGGUCCCAGAUCUGUUUGUGUUGUAUAGCCAAAUCCUAGGGUCGUUGUCAUGUCAGGCUAAUAUCACCAUGCCUUGGUUGUUCUGUCAUAAGGGUGUCUGAUAAAGCUAAAGCUUGGUAUAUCACCACCAAACUGGUUUGGGGAGAAUGCUAAUUGUAAUGCAGGAAGGUUUUUGUAAUGGUUGGGGUCAUGGUUUCAGUUAUGCAAACCUACAAAAAACCUAUUUACCUAUUAACAAGAAGGCAUUGCUUGAAAACACUUUGAAGCUGCCCUUCAAUGUUUGUUUUGUGUUGUCCAUCUUUACUGCUGUUUUGCCCCUUAACCGCUGUCUACAGUGAGCAUAUUCCCAGUCUUCCUCUUCUCGUUGCUUCAUGCAACCACCUACACAAAGAAGGUUCUGGAUGUAAGUAUUCUCUUUUGAUUCCAAAACAUUUAAACGUUAGUGAAGCCAUCAAAAGCCAGUUGGGUAAAGCAUAGCCAGCACUCGAAAAAGGGUAUUUUGUGAUUUGGAUGGUCAUUGUCACCAUCCAAAUCAUAAAAUACCCUUUUAUGAGUGUUGGCUAGGUAAAAUACAGUAAUUUUGCUAAUUUAUGCUCAUUCAUAAGGUGCUCUUUCAUUAUUUGGUCAUCCUGAUGUGUAUAAUUCCCCUUGUAGGCAAUGGGCCCUAAUAGCCUGCCCUUUGUGAGGAACUUCCUCAACAAGCUCACAGCCAACCAGCAGAACAUCCUGAAGUUCAUCGCCUGCAACGAGAUCUUCCUCAUGCCAGCCACUGUAUUCAUGCUAUUCAGGUAUGUCUAUUUCUGUGCACAUUUUAAUGGUACCUUUAGACUGAAGUCUGAUAAGGGUUUUUCCUUUUAGAUUCUCUUACAAUACCAGUAUGCACUGAGAUGAGAAUUCAUAGUUUGUCCCCCCCACCCCCCACCCAGUCACUUGAUUUACUCUUGGUUUUUGUUGUUUACAGUGGCCAGGGAAGCUUGCUGCAGCCUUUCAUUUACUACAGGUUUCUAACUCUCCGCUACACCUCAAGGAGAAACCCAUAUUGCCGGUAAGUAGCCUCAAUUGACUUCUGUAGGUGUAGUAAUUUCAAUAUGUUGGAUCAUUGUACAAUAGCAAAUAUGGCUAAUUGCAUUUCUCAAACCAUAAUUUCCACCCCUCCCAGCACCCUGUUCUCAGAGCUUCGGAUUCUGCUGGAGCAUUUCAUCAUGAAGCCCGCCUGCCCGGCCUUCUUCAGAAAGAUGUGCCUCAACAGUAUCGCCUUUAUGAGUCGCCUGGCCCCCACUGCAGUGUGACCUCACUUUCUGUCCCCCCACAACCAUAGUUUGUACUGCAAGGGGUGUGGCGGCAUGUCAACUUGAGGGACUGACGAGCAACAACUUUGAGAGAGAAAAAAAUACUUUUUAAUGUUACAUGUCAGGUCUGUGUUCCUGCUGCUCUGUUCAUAUGCUAGAGCGGAGGCUGAGGCUCUGCCUGCGAUGCACUGAAAAUCCCCCGAUUUUGUUUUUGAAAUGGCUUUAUGGAGCAGCUGGACACUCACUCCCCCUCCUCCACCCCCUUUUCUCUCUCUUUGGGAAGAACACCAGCUGACUAUCUGUGUUCUACUUCUAAGGAUUGACCUUAUGAUGGUAAUUGUCUUUGGUCUGUCCUGUAUGAUUUAUUUAUUCAUGACAAAAUACUUGUUCUUCUCUUGCAAAAAAAGAUUAACUUCUGAGAUUAGAUAUUUAAUUUAAAUUGUACUAUACAUAGUUGCAAUCUUUCUUUUUUUAUUAAUCAUAUUGUGCUUUUUAAAGGCGAGAUGAGAUGUCAGUUGCUCUGGGAUUUCUACAUCCACCAAUUCCAUUUUAUACAUUUUCUUACGCUGAAAGCAUCUGUUAUGAUUGUCUUAACACAUUUUUACUCUUUGAAAUUGAAAUGUGAUCUAUGCCAUGUAACUCACUACAUGGUGUUACAUGGCACUGAAAUGAGAAAGUGGAAUAUCUGCUGUACUUUUGAAGACUUUAAUGGUACAAAGACAUGCAGUCAAAGGAUUUAUGCUAAAAAUGAAUCAGUUUCACUCUACCAGCAGUUCCUCAGUCUGUGCACAAAGCACAUGGUAUUCAGUAAAUGGGAAGGAGUAGGCUGGCUUCAAAUGCAAGUGUAUAGUUGCAUUUUGGAUAGGUUUUCUAAUUUAAAAUGUCUUCAAUUCAACUGAUUUGUGGCUAAUACCCCUCGUUUUCCGGUUCACUGCAUGCCCACAUUGCCAUGUUAAAUGUAUUUAUUAUUUACUUGUAGAGAAACCAUGUUUGUGUAGAUCUGGAAUAUAUUUAUCCAUUAUCUUAAAUCAAUAAAAUAAGAAAAAUUACCUUGUUGAAUGACAACCUCCAUAUUCACUAAUAUAAACAUGAUUUGUAUCAA